AACAGGGCUUCCAAACCACGUUUGCAGGCGGGCCCACCUGCAGAUCGACCAUCCUCAAGCUCCGAAAUCGCAAAACACCUCCUCGCCUCCAAAUCUCCAAUCGAUCAGACAAGCCACGAAAACCCUAGCCUUGUCCUGCCGCGAUCGCCGUCGUGUCGGCGCGUCGGACCCCCGCCCCCGUUUCCCCGAUUCGUUCUUGGUCUAGUUUGCUGAGUGAGCUGCAGCGAUGGCCGCGAAAGGUCAGCCGGUGAAUGUGCAGAAGGAGCAGGUGAAUAUGCAGAAGGAGCAGAUGUUUGGAUUGGCAGAGAAAGAGAUGGAAUAUAGGGUGGAUCUUUUCAAUCGGCUUACACAAACAUGUUUCAGCAAGUGCAUUGAGAAAAGGCAUAAAGAAGCUGAACUAAAUAUGGGUGAGAAUAGCUGCAUUGAUCGAUGUGCUUCGAAGUAUUGGCAGGUGACUAAUUUAGUUGGACAGCUCCUUGGAAAUCAGCCUCAAAUGUGAGCUUAGAGAUGCAAUUGCUCUUAUUGGUAGUAGAACAUCAUUGUCUUCCUUUUUUGGCAUGGUAGUUCGGCAAAUUAUUGAGCACAAUGAGAGGAGAAAAUUGUCAGUUCCUCCCAUUUGUAUCUUUGACAUGAGUCUGCUUGACCAACACAUAAUGUUUGAGAUACAUUCCAACCUGUAUCAGUACUUUCAGCUUGCAGAAAGGCGGCAUCUGUUGGCUGCUGUCAUUUUUUGGUUGGUGAGCUAUAAAACAAUACAGAGAUGGAAGUUUGCCUGCAUCGCUCGCUUGUUUGAUACAAUUGAGGACUUUUUUUUUCCUGGUUGUUUCCUUCUUGUUUCUGGAUAAAUGUACAUGAGAUGUAGAUUCAUCUU